AUGGGACGCUCCAAGCAGUGGUGUGCGUGUGCUUGUGGCUAUGGCUGGGCGUGGCACCAGCAGGUAGCCAAUGGAGAGGAUACGCGUUGUGCCAUUUGCGGAAGGAGUUGGGCUAAGCAAAUAGCCAAGAAGAAGAAGGAGAAGGAGGCCAAAGCCGAGCAGGCCUCCUGGAAAGUGCCAGGCUGGCCCAUGUGGCCAGCGUCCACUGGGGGAGGCAACCAAGGCCCGAAGGCUGAGCUUGGGAAGGUCAGCUCGGCCCUGGCAGAGGUCUGGCAGGACUUGCCAGAGGCCACCCAGAAGGCCUUGACAAAGGUGGGAUGCAAGGCGACACGGCUGCCAUCCCCGCCGCCAGGGCUGAGGGUGCCGUCCUCCCUGCAAGGCUCCAUGACUCAACAGGAGUACCAGGCGGCGCGCACGGUGGUGUACAGUGGAGCAGGAGACCAUGUGCAAAAGCUCCUGGCAGCAGCAGGUAUUCCGCCGCCUGAGGAUGCCAAUCUAGAUGCGCCAGAGAUCACCCCAGGACAGCGUCUGACCCGAGUAGUGACAGAGUUCCGCAAGUCCACUAACCAAAUGCAGAAGUUGGUAAAGAAGCGGGCAAUGUUGCAGGCGAAGGCAGACAGUCUCAAGGAGGAACUUGAGGCCCUGAUGCUGGAUGUUGCACAGGUCGGGCGCGAGAUUGAGAACAAAGAUGCGGAAAUGAAGGAUACAGCGCGCGAGUUCAAAGAACUGACUGAGGACAAGGCAACAACUUUCUUUGGCCAGAUGGAACAGGUUCUAGCCGAAGCGGGCCAUGAACUCGCCGAGGGAACGAAGGCCAAAUUGAAAGCAGCUCUCUUGACCACGACGGCUGAAGAUGAGAUUGGCCCAGAUCCCUUUUUGAGCCGAUUCGAAAGCAGAGAACCAUUUCCACAGGAGCUGGCAGGGAUUAAUCAAGGGCCCACUGUCUGGAUGAGACGGGUGAUGCCCCGCCAGAGUAGGCUUGGAGACGAUGGUUGGCGCACUGUAGGAAAAGACAUCUCCGGUUUUGAUGCCGGGUACGGCGCAGAAGGCAGACACAGCAUCUCCAGGCGCCUUGAGGGAUGUCCCGGACAGUGGUUCAACUUCGGGGGUCUGGAGUGCCAGGUCGUGGCCUGGCAGACGCAGGCUGCUCUGAUGUCUGGUAAGCCCAGUGAACCGGAUAUUUUAAGUUUGGUGGAAAAGUUGGAGAACACCUUGGAUGAUGGCAGCUUGGAACAUUGGGUGUGUCAUCACAUCUUGGAUGCCUUAUCGUCCAGCCUUUUUUCCCGUGAAAUGUGGUAUGUGGCAGUGCAGGCUGUGCAGGAAGUGCUGAAUACCAGUGACCCGGGUGUUAGUCGCAAACUUACCUGCAUCACUGCCAAUGUCACACAGUGGCGAAAGGAGGUGGCCACCUGGCUGUUCGAAUUGGGGCCUGAUGUGGCCGCUGUGCAGGAAACACAUCUGGACCAAACUGAGAUUCGUCAGGUGCAGAUUGAGGCUGGUAAAGCUGGCUACCAGUUUCAGGCCCUGCCUGCAGGGCAAGGGAAAGGAGUCGGCACCCUGGGAGGGGUUGCAAUCCUGACCAAAAACCACCUAGGUGCGAGGUUGGUUGACUCUUUUGUCACCAAGGAAGGCUGUGGCUGGAUCGCGGUGGCUUUGAGAGUUCAUGGUCGGGACCUCAUCCUUUUCUCCUUGUAUCUGCAAUCAGGAGUGGGGCCGACAGGAGGCUGCAGUCCAGAGGUUCUUGCGAGUCUCGCUAGCACCCUGUCCCAGCUCCAAGGAGUUUGGGUCGUGAUGGGUGAUUUUAAUCACCCGCGACUGGAGAUGGCCAACUUCGGGUUGGUCACCCAGGUGAAGGGUAAGUUG